CAUAACUUGAAAGAAAUCUUGUCGCAUGAGUAAUAAAUCGUGUAAAAUGCGGCUUAUUAUCCCAUUCUGCACACUGAUGUUGUAUUUGCCUUCUACUCAAGCAAAAUCCAGUGACAUUCGAAUUGUUGGUGGUAAGUCAGACAAUGAAGGACGAGUGGAGGUUUAUUAUAAGGGACAAUGGGGAACAGUUUGUGAUGAUUUUUGGGACAUGAACGAUGCUCGUGUUGUCUGCAGACAGCUUGGUUUUCAAGAUGCAGAAGCAGCGUAUAAGGGUGCUCACUUUGGCGAAGGAACUGGAAAGAUUUGGCUGGAUGAUGUAAAAUGUAAAGGUGAUGAGUCAUCUCUAUUUUUAUGCAAACAUCGAGGAUGGGGUCGUGAAAACUGUGAUCAUGAUGAUGACGCUGGUGUUCGUUGUAAAGGAAAAAGAGGAUACAUCUCCACCACUUCUACUUUAGGAUACAACUUGAUGACCUCCACUGAAGUGAUUAAAAGCACUUUAGCAAUUCAACCCUCGUCGACAGAAAGAGUUAUAUUGGCAUCUUCCACGACACCAUAUCAGUGUGGUUACAACGAGUACCAAUGUAGAAACGGCAGAUGUAUCGAUUCAUCAAAUAUUUGUGAUGGAAGAAAUCAUUGUUUUGAUGGGAGCGACGAAGUCAACUGUCCCGUAAAAGGGAAUUUUACCAGAUGUCAAAACAAGUUGGAUCUUGGUUUUAUACUGGACAGCUCUGGCAGUGUUGGUUACAAUAAUUUUGAACGAAUGAAACAAUUUGUAAAAGACUUUGCAGACUUUUACAAGCUUGGUCGAGAAGAGACCCGGAUUUCUGUGAUGUCGUUUUCAAGCUUUGCAAACAUUCGUAUUCGCUUUUCGACAUAUUUUUCUACUAAAAGCGAGUUCGAUAAUUCCGUGGAUAGAAUUCCAUUUACAGCUGGAGGAACUGCCACCAGCGUGGCGUUGAAUUUGGCAUAUAAUUCUAUGUUCACAGCACAAUAUGGAGCCAGAGGAUCAGAGUUCAAAAAAGUUAUGAUAAUCCUAACGGACGGCCGUAGUAACACAGGACAAGUUAGCGGACCUUCACGGCAACUGAAGAACUCUGGCGUUGUGAUAUUCAGCGUGGGGAUUGGACAGAGUUUAUCCAUGCAGGAACUGAGAGAAAUGGCAUCAGAUCCAGUGGAUCAACAUGUUAUCACUUUGAACAAUUUUACGCAACUGGCAAGCCUUUCUAAAAAUAUGUCCUCUCAGACUUGUGAUGCAUACCAUUUCCAGGUGUUUUGUGACAACGACUACAUGACAGCUGUAUUUGACCGUAAAGAUUUUCCCAAACACGUCAAUGUUGAUCGUCUUUACCUUCUAAGCCGCUCCUGCAAAGCUAACUGGAACUCAACUCAUGUCAUUGUAAAAACUCAGCUUACUGGUUGUGGAACAGUGUUCACAAAAGACGAUCAAACCCUCUAUUUUAGCAACACACUUAGCGAGAUGGAAUCGAGUCAUGGCGGCUCUGGUUCUGUUUCAAGAAAUUAUCUUUUCACUGCAGCGAUGACGUGUUCAUAUCCUCGAAAACGUACUGUUGGAUCUUUCAGUUUUGCCCCAGCAAAAGAAAGCACAUUUGUUGUUCUAAGUGCGAAAGGAAAUUUCACUCUGACAUUGGGUGUUUUUAAAGGAGGUGAUUACCGUGAAUCAUACACUUCACAAGACUAUCCAGUUGCCAAGUCUUUGUCAGAUAAUCUCUAUAUUCAAUAUUCUGUAAACACGAGCAACUUAGAUCUUGUCGUGCGCGCAGAGACGUGUAGAGCUACACCUACGAACAGACCUUAUGAUACCCCACAGUAUGUCUUCAUUGAUGACGGCUGUGAUAAAGAUGAAACGAUCCGCCAUUAUUCAACGAGAAUGAGUCCUGUACAGCGUUUCAGUAUUCAGGCUUUCCGAUUUCUGUCACAACAUCGGUUCGUCUACCUUCACUGCGAUCUUGUUGUCUGCUACGGACAAGAUUCUAACUCCACCUGCGCCCGUAGUACUUCAUGUCUGCAGCGUUAUCGUCGCGCUGCUGUCGACAAACCAUCAGAUGAUGCAUCGAGAAAAUAUGCGCUAUCAUUUGGUCCAUUGAUGCAUGAAAGAGAAUCAACUGACAAGACGCCAAAAGGUCAACCCGAGAUCAACAUAACGUUGGUGUUGUGUUUCGCUGGAUUUGGUUGCCUGUGUCUGAUUUUGAUUGGUGCAUUGUUCUAUAUGAUUAAACGAUCACGUAAACGCCGUUCCACUGAUGAACUGCAGACUGGAGUUAAGAAAAAGGAAGUAAUGUCAAUGAAGAAUUUAGGAUUUACUUAA